UGUUCUUAAAUUGCUCCGGACAUCAACAGCCAGAGCGACAACAGGGGAGAACACAGCGCAGAGUAGUCGAAGCAAAGAGGCUGGGCAGUUGUGAAGACUUCCGUACAUUGAUUUGUUCUAACCCCAAGUUAUGGAGUCCCUGAGUGAAGCAAAUUCUCAGUUCUUCCUGGACCUGUUUAAGAACUUAAGUGAGGCUAACAGGGGUGAUGUCUUCUUUUCACCAUUCAGCAUCUCCCCUGCUCUUGCUAUGGUUUAUUUAGGAGCGCGAGGUGAUACUGCUGCACAGAUGGAACAGGUGUUACAUUUCAUCAAAACAACUUCUGUUCACUCUGAAUUUAGCAACCAGCUCUCCAGUAUUAACAACAAGGAUUCAACAUCUACAAUACACCUAGCAAAUCAUUUAUUUGGAGAGAAGACAUUACUCUUUGGAAAGGAUUACCUUGAUGAAACUAGGAAGCUGUACCAUGCAGAACUUGAAAGUGUAGAUUUCAUCACUUCUUCAGAGUCGGCCAGGCAAAACAUCAAUUCUUGGGUGGAGAAACAGACAGAAGGAAAAAUCGUAAACCUGCUCUCUGAAGGAGCUAUAGACCCAGUGACUCGGCUUCUUCUUGUGAGUGCAAUCUACUUCAAGGGAGACUGGCAAAAAAAGUUCAGAAUGGAUAAAACAAAAGAAGAGCAAUUCAGACUUAACAAGAAAGACACUAAGAAUGUGAUGAUGAUGUACAAGAGUGCACAAUUCAAUUAUGCUUUGUUGCCUGAUGUAAAUGCUCAAAUUAUUGAGCUGCCAUAUGCUGGUGAAGAUUUUAGCAUGUUUGUUCUGCUUCCUAAGGAUAUUGAAAAUGAAUCCACUGGACUUGAAAAGGUGAGAAUACAUUAUGCACUAAUUCAUGCUUUAUUCGUCAAGUAAAACCUUAGUGCUGAU